UGAGGAAUCAAAGAUGAAUUUGGAUCAGGAGAGGCCCUUUGUCUGCAGUGCCCCAGGCUGCUCACAGCGCUUCCCAACAGAGGAUCAUCUGAUGAUUCACAGGCACAAGCAUGAAAUGACUUUGAAGUUUCCUUCAAUAAAAACAGACAGUAUGCUAUCAGAUCAGACUCCUACACCAACACGAUUCCUGAAGAACUGUGAGGAAGUGGGCCUCUUCAAUGAUAUUGACUGUUCCUUAGAGCACGAGUUUAGAAAGGCACAGGAAGAAGAGAACAAUAAAAGGAAUAUCUCUAUGCAUAACGCUGUCGGGGGAACUCUGACGGGACCUGGAUCCCACCAGCUCGGUAACACCAGGAUGCCCAACCAUGACACCGGCGUGGUGAUUCAGCAAGCUAUGCCGUCCCCUCAGUCCAGCUCCGUCAUCACGCAAGCACCUUCCACGAACCGACAGAUCGGGCCUGUCCCAGGCUCUCUAUCUUCACUCCUGCACCUACACAACAGACAAAGACAGCCCAUGCCAGCCUCUAUGCCUGGGACUCUGCCCAACCCUACGAUGCCUGGAUCCUCAGCAGUAUUGAUGCCAAUGGAACGACAAAUGACAAUGAACUCCAAUAUCAUGGGCAUGCAAGGGCCCAAUCUCAACAAUCCGUGUGCUUCCCCACAAGUUCCUCCAAUGCAUUCAGAAGCCAAAAUGAGGUUGAAGGCCGCACUGACCCAUCACCCCGCUGCCAUGUCAAAUGGGAAUAUGAACACCAUGGGCCACAUGAUGGAAAUGAUGAGUUCUCGCCAGGACCAGACACCGCACCACCAUCUGCACUCGCACCCGCAUCAGCACCAGACCCUGCCGCCCCAUCACCCGUACCCUCACCAGCACCAGCACCCAGCCCAUCAUCCUCAUCCUCAGCCCCAUCACCAGCAGAAUCACCCGCAUCACCAUUCCCACCUUCACGCACAUCCGGCACAUCACCAGACUUCGCCACACCCGCCACUGCACACGGGCGGCCAAGCACAGAUUUCACCAGCGACCCAGCAGAUGCAGCCCACCCAAACAAUACAGGCACCCCAACCCACCGGGGGACGCCGGAGAAGGGUAGUGGACGAGGACCCAGAUGAGAGGCGGCGGAAAUUUCUGGAAAGGAACCGAGCAGCUGCCACCCGCUGCAGACAGAAGAGGAAGGUCUGGGUGAUGUCACUGGAAAAGAAAGCAGAAGAACUCACCCAGACAAACAUGCAACUUCAGAAUGAAGUUUCGAUGUUGAAAAAUGAGGUAGCACAACUGAAACAGUUGUUGUUAACACACAAAGACUGUCCAAUCACAGCCAUGCAGAAAGAGUCACAAGGAUAUCUAAGUCCUGAGAGCAGCCCUCCUGCCAGUCCUGUACCAGCCUGCUCACAGCAACAAGUCAUCCAGCAUAACACCAUCACCACUUCCUCCUCUGUCAGUGAGGUUGUGGGAAGUUCUACUCUCAGUCAGCUCACCACUCAUAGAACGGACAUGAAUCCGAUCCUUUAAAACUUAUGGGUCAGCAACUGCUACCAGGGAGGACAGUAGCCUACCAAGUGUCCUUUUGGCUAAGGGCAUUUUUAGAAUUAACUCAGACCUGGAAGACUCCUCAGCCCUUGAAAGACUCUGGCUUUCAUUUUUAUAGUUAUUAUUGAAAUGUGUCUUUUAUACUUAGUUAUAAAGAAGGGAGUUAUGCAAUUAAUAUACUAUCAGCUUGGGAAAUGCUUUGGUGCUUUCUCCAACUUUCUGGUACCAGUUACUUGUUUAUGAACUGAACUGUUUCUGUACAUAGUUCUGGUUUUCGCACGUGCCGGCCUAACCGUAGACCUCGGACAUGGAGUUUUGGAAACUGCAGCAUUUUGGCCAAAGUGAGGCAUACAGAAAACUCUACUGAGACUUAUUCAGAGGUGACCGAGAGUUCUGGUGACAUCCAAAAAAUCGGUUGAGAAUUUGGGUUGUGAAGUCACCAGAAUCCCAAAAUGUAUUCCAAGUCUUUUGGUGGUUUCUUUCUCUUUCCAAUCCACACAAAUAAAAUCAAAAAGAAAAAUGCCUCCCAGAUAUACUCCCCCCCACCGCCCUUGGCCUUCUGAAACCCUCAUUAAAUAUUCUUUUUCCUCCCCUAGUCCUUCCCUUUCCCCCACCCCCGCCCAUUCACCUUCCCAUUUUCCCUGAGCUCUGUCUUUUCUCCUCAUUUUCACUCUGUUUUCUCCUUUUUCUUUUUCCUUUCAGCAAUGCAAGUGAGGAAGAAAAAGCCUUAAAAAAAAAAAGAAAGAAAAAAAGAAACCCAACUACUCAAAUCUUGGCCUGGCCAUUGCUUUCAAUAGCCCUUCACCCACAGCUGGGGCUCAUUUAACUUUCAGUUUUGAAAAAAUAGAAACCAGGAGAUGUUUAAUCCGCCUGAUUUAGUGUUUUUAAUAAACAGUGUAAGUUAAAGGCGGCUUAGCCACAGGUGAAGUACUAUUGAAUGCCAGCUGUGGGGACACUAGGGGAAAGGAACCGUGUAAGCCUCUAUUGUACAAGUCCACACUAUAAUAUGGGAUAUAACAUCACACCCCCGAGUUACCACCGGCUUCCUACUGCCCGUCUGCAAUGUCGAAAAUCUCCGUCCUAUAUAAUAACUCACAGGGGGUUCUAUUCACUACCCAGAUUACUCUGCUCCAUCAUCAGCUGCUAAUAGCCUAAGAUUUAUUUUUCAAUUUAAGCUCAUGUAACCAGCUUCACCGGGCUGAAGGGUGAGGGACGAUUGGUGAUCCCCACAGGGGAAAGGUUGGUGUUUCCACAGCAUUCUUUCAACUACCACUGGCCAGCGGCAGGAGGCCUCUCUGGCUGCAGAGCGCUUGACCUGGAGGAUAAUGUGAAAGGCGACUCGCUCUUCCAAACUGCUGCGGCUUCUAUUUCCAGCAACGUCUGUGGACCGGUGCAGUACAAGAAGCAGAUAACAGGGUCCGGCCUCUUUCAAAUAAGCUAUUCUGGGUCUACUAACAUUGUGGAAUACAUUUCAUAAGCGUUGAGGCUAUGGUUCUUUCUUACAAAUACCCUCCUCUUGCCAGACCCUCGCUAGAGUUUUGUCUCUUUUGGAGUAUUGGUCAUUUUGAUAUUUUUGUUUGUGUGUGUCUUUGUUUGACAUGAAUGAUGUUUUUCCAAAAGAAGUAGUUUUGAAAAAAGCUCAGACAAGUGAAGACUAUUUUUCCUGUUUUACCAUAGUCCAGAAAGAAAGUGAAAAGUUUGAGAAUUACAAAUCAUGACUUUUGAACUUGUUUUUUCAUGUAACUGAGUAAGCAUUUUUGUCAGUAUUCAACAAUUCCCUUUCCAUGUAUGCAAAUGCUUUCAAAAGAAAGUUUUGAGUGUAAUUCAUGACUUGAUGAUAUAGUGUAAGAACCAAAAAGUAAAGGGAGUGGGGGGUGGGGGGAAAGGAAAAGAUUUUCUAUUAUAUUUUAGAAAAAAAACAUUUAAUUUUAAAGAGUUUUAAAUACUGAAUCUAUGGGGAGUUAUUUUGUUGUUGUUUUUUAAACUCCAGUGGUAGCAGUUGUAUGUGUUAGUUUAACCUGAGGUAACUUUGUUUAAAAGCUCAGCUUUAAAAGAAAUAUACAAGUUGUAUCUCCACUUUGAAAACAGGAGGUGUGUUUAUCAGAAAGUCUAGCCUGGAACCCACCAUCAGGUCCUAAAAGGAUAAAUAAAAAAAAAAAAGGUGGUAGCGUUCACUUAGUUAAAAAACAAGACAACUUUUCUCUCUCUCUCUCUCUCUCUCUCUGCAUGCAUAGCACUUAAUUAAAUGGAUUUUUAAAAGCCAUUGGUAAUGUCAGAAGCCCAGGGAGCUACAUGUCACUGAAAUCGAGGUUGGGUCUUACUUUUGUUCAGCCUCUUUAAUUGAAAUAUUUAGUUGUUAAACUGAAAGCCUCUACAGUUAAGAACUUGCCUAAGUUUUCUUAAUUCAGCAACUUGACAGUUUGACUGAUGUGCAUUAUAUAUAGCUCAAUUAUGUCUGUUUUUUAUGCUAAGUAGGCAAGCCAACCACACACGUUAGCAAAACGGCCUCAACGUAUAAUUAGAAUAAACUGUCUUCUCUUUAUACUAUUGGCCUUUAGGUAUAUUCAUUAGUGUGUGGAAAUUCAGUAAAUAAAAGACGCCAGCUACUUGUCAGUGCUUCUUGAAACUCUGAAAGGAAAGAUUCACUGGCCAAAUCAAGCCUCAGUGUAUCAAUGCUAGGUUUAUCACUUGAAGGACCAAGCCUUCUCCCCUCGUUUAAACCUGUUCUUGUGCUUUAGGUCUGUCCUCUCUGUGGUUUUCAAGGUAGAAGACGGCAGCUUUUUUUCUCUUUCACUGUUCCUGAAUACCCUCAUGUCCUGGCCUCUCAUCCAUGAAUAAAAUCCAGUUUUCCCAACUCUCCCUCCCUCCUCCAUCUCCCACCCCAAACUGGAUUCCAGUGGACUUCACAGCACUGCCUUUCUUAGUCCUACAGCAGUUCCUUAGCUAUCAAAAGGAUCUGCUUCUAAAAUCACUGCCAGGGCAGCUGGGUUCUUUGCCAGAGGCCUCCCCAGCCUUAUUUGAUGGGCGUUAAAAAAAACAUACAGAUAGGUAACCCUGAUAACAUUUCUACCAGGUGAAUCCUACUGCAAAUUGAGGCGUCCACAUUUUAAUUGCUUAUCCACACAGCAUUUCUCAACAGAAGAUGCCUAAACAGGUAGGGCGAAGAGCCCAGCCGCGGAUGACUGCAAUAAUUUAUAAAGCUUUGUGUUGUAAGUCAAGUGUUUUCCCCCACCCUUCCACUGUUUUCCCCUCACCCUUCCACUUAUCUCUCUACCCUAGAAACCCCCCACCAAGUCAAUUUAUGCAAGUCAUAGUCAUAACACUGCCUGUGGGAGACAAGUAGUGUGUGUGCUAUCAUGGUGGGUUUUACAAUAUUGAGGAUGAUUUCCAAAGAGGCCAAUGCCCUUCGGAGCCUAUCCACCCCAGUGCCUGUGUCCUGAAAUAGUGGAAAGUCAAUGGUUAGCUUUCAGGUGGUUAUUUGAUGCUAACUUUCAGGUGGUUAUUUGAUGCUUAGAGAAGCAGAUUUUAGUGUGUGAAGGGAGCUCUUCCCCUCAACCUCAAGCCAACAGUUGUUCAAGACCAGCUUUGCAAAAAAGUCAUAUUUUUAUGCUACAAUAUUUGCUGAUAAAAUUGCCUUCCAGUUAAAAGUGUGCAUGCUCUUCAGUGGUCAGUAUUUAGAGGCCUAUGUAGUAAUGCAAUUCAUUUCAAGGGGACCAAAGCAAAAUUUGAACAGGAAUCUAUUACUCUCUAAUUUUAUAUGGUAUUUAUUAAUAAAUGUUACUUUAACACAUUCCAUUUGAACAGAAUUCCAGACUAGAAUCGGUUUAUUUUGAAAGUGAAAAUAUCAGUUCUGCCUUCAGCUCUUAUAAUGUGGAUAUUAAUUUUGCGGGGUCUUGAAGCAGCCAUUCUCAUUUGUGCAGUGGAGAGGUUUGUUUAGACCAAUGCACAGAAUCUCUAGAUUUUUCACAAUUUGUAGGGCAUUUUUCUGAUUGCCUUCUGGAACAGCAAAAAAUAUCAAGAUUUCAAUUGUUUUCUUUUUUAUUCUACUGCGCCCUGCUACCAGAAAUCGCUGAGCAGCCAAAGGAAAUGACUAAAUAUAACUGGAAAAGCUUGCUUGCUUGGUUAGGCUGAUAUGCAUUACAAAUGGAGAUACAAUCCAUCUCGACUUCUUUGCUGAUUUCCUAGGCUCCCCUGCUUAGCCGUUGCUUUGUGGCUCUAAAACCAUUGAAGCUCCAUUAUGCAGUUGAUCAGGGAAGGGGAAAGAACAAGACAUUGCAAUUUGAAUCCAAAACAGUGCCUAUGAAAAAAUAGUUGCAACCUCGAAUCUCUUUUGACUCUUCAAGAUAUUUAUAUUUUUUUAAAUUUGCACUUUAGCUUUAUUCCCUGCCUUCUUUCUCAUCUUUUUUCUCUCUUCCUCCUCCCUAUCCCUUCUUUUCUUUCUAUUCUUCUCUCUCCUUCCUUUCCACACCCCUCUACUGAAUCUUGUAUAAAACCUUGUAAAAGCAUUUGCACCAGAUACCCUGAUAUGCUCCCACUGGUGGCAUAUCUAUACUUGUCUCUCACACCAGCCCCAAAUGAGGCCUGCUAAGAGAAUGCCGAGGAGAAGAGCCAGUACACUAUACGAUUUGUAUCCUUUACGAUUUGUAUUAUUUAACCUCUUAGUAACAGCAUAUAAAUGUUUUAUUAUGAAAAAAAUUUUGUGAGGCGGCAUCUAAACUAGACUUCCAGAAUUGUCUCUCUCCUCCUGAGAACCAAAGGGUCCUGAACAGGCCAAGACUUUGUUGUGCAUUAUGAUACACUUUUUCACAGUUGGCCUCCCCAAAGUAACUAGGGGCCUGGAGAGAUAACAGUGGCCAUAUACUACUCUGUUGUGAAUUCUAAGUCUCUAAAAUACAUUGUUGCCUUCUAACUUAAUUAGGGACAGCACCUCUUUUUUAUGGCUAUGACCUAAAGACAAGAAGACUCAAAAGCAAUAAAUUUCAAAUGAAAUUGAAUACCAAAAAAACUCAUUCAUCAUAUGAAGUAGUUGUAAAGUUGAAGUUUGUGUUUGUCCAAAAUAUCUUACUAUUUCUUGUAGGUUUUUUUUUUCAGUGACCUAAUGCCAAAUGGCUUAAAGUGUUUAUAUUUUUUUCUUGUAUGAAUCUUCCAUUCUAUAAAAACCAGUUUUCCGUGAACUCUAAAGAGGAGCUGAGGCCAAGAUACCAGCAUUGGCUAAAAGAUUAAUACUGUAAGUGGCAGUCUGAUACUUUUCCAAGCUUUUCAUCAGAGGGGAAAUCAAUAAUUAUGGUCUGUUAUGUUUUGACCAAGUUCUAAUAUUUGGCACAUUAGAAUCCAGACAUCCAUUUCUACACCAUUGCAGUUUUUCUUACAUUGUUUCAUAUGGCAAAACUUCAUAUCUUUUUUGCUUUUAUUUUUUAACAAAACCAUUUUGGACUCAGGUGCACACUGAGAAUGUUGAACCCAAGUAGUAUGUUUAGUGUAAAUAGAUCCUUGAAAUGUUCUUAUGCACAAUAUGCUCUUUGGAUUCUAGUUUGCCCAGUGAAUGAUUCUUAAUUCUAUGGACACUACAAAAACACUGAAAAACUUUAACAACCAUGUUUAAAGUGAUACAGUUGAAGAGAGGGAAUUUGUCAGUUAAUGGCAAAGUUUAUCUUCUUCCCCACUUUCCAAGUACUGCUAACUCCUACCCUCCACUGCCUCACAGAGAUGUUUAUAAAGAGUGAAUGUGCUGAUUUAGGGGACUGAUAUUCAAAACAUUUUCCCUGGAAAGGAUAUUCCUGCUAGAUUCUCUUUGGGGAUUCACUGCCCUCCAAUACAAUAUUAGAGGGAUAGUUAGCAUAUAAAUAGUACCCAGGAAUUCCGUUUUUUUUGUUUUUGUUUUUUAUUUUUAAAUACCUUUAGCACUGUGCAGGAAGCCCCAUAAAAGGUGCUGUCACUUUUAAGUUCUGGGCUUAGGGUUGUCUGUAAUUGUACACAACAAUGGUUUUGUGUUUGUUUGUCUGUCUGUUUCAUUCUGUAAAGCAACCACCUUCCUUACUGGAAGGAGAGAAAAUGUUGGUACAUAAGUGUAAAUACUUGCUGCAGCAUUUAAUAUGUUUAAUUUUAUGUUAAGCUUUUUGUUGCAUUGUGAAAACAUUUAUUGUUACAAAUGGACAAUGAGUUCAUUGAGACUGUUCAACUAGGUCAGAUUUUUACAUCUCUUUCUUGCAAGAAGAGACAAAAUUUUGUGCAUUUGUACAAAUGUUAAUAAUAUCACCGCAAUUCCAAUAUAAUAAAGCACUCAAAUGCAAAUAAUA